CUACACAUGUGCAGAGAGUCGCUCCGCCCUCCCCUCUCUACAGGCGCAGGGAACACACAACUCCCUCUACCUUAGAGCUAGAUUGACAGGCUGAAGAGUCUGCUGCACAAAAACACUGGCCCUGGCGUUGCCGGUAUAUACACAGUGCUGGCACUGGUUGCUGACAGCAAAAUACCGACUGUGCAGGUAAAAUACUGGCCAAGUGCGAAGCCUACCCUGAACAACUAAGGAACAAGUGGAGUUGGUGGAAGGGAAGAGAACUAAGAAUCAGAGCUGCGGAACCGGACUGUGUAGGAGAAUGAGAUCAUGAUCAGCAUGUGCCACAGGCACAGCACAAGACCCAGCCUGAGCUGAGGAAAGUCCAGUAGCUGCAGCAGAUCUGGAGCUCACAUCCUGCAAGCUCCUCUCUUUCUUGGACACCAUGGACCUCUCGGUGCCCUCCCUGAAGGAUGUCAAAUGGAGCUCGGCCUCAUUCCCAUUGGAUUUACUUGUUAGUUCAUACAGAUUGCCCCAGCUUGUCAGACUGGAUGGUGGGGAAAAUAUUGAAGGCCUGCGGGAGAAUGAUUAUCUUCUUAUUCAUUCGUGCCGGCAAUGGACGACAAUAACAGCUCACAGCCUGGAAGAGGGACAUUAUGUCAUAGGCCCAAAAAUUGAAAUUCCUGUGCAUUAUGGAGGACAGUUUAAGCUGCUGGAACAAGACCGGGAUAUUAAGGAACCAGUGCAAUAUUUUAACAGUGUGGAGGAGGUGGCAAAAGCAUUUCCUGAGCGUGUUUACGUCAUGGAAGAAAUAACUUUCAACGUUAAGGUUGCCUCUGGUGAAUGCAAUGAAGAUACUGAAGUUUACAACAUCACCCUGUGCACUGGAGAUGAGCUGACUUUAAUGGGACAAGCUGAAAUUUUAUAUGCAAAAACAUCCAAGGAGAAGUCACGCCUCAAUACCAUUUUUAAGAAAAUUGGAAAGUUGAAUUCAAUCAGUAAGUUAGGCAAAGGCAAAAUGCCAUGUCUAAUAUGCAUGAACCAUAGAACCAAUGAAAGCAUUAGCCUUCCGUUCCAAUGUAAAGGAAGGUUCAGCACACGCAGUCCUUUAGAGAUUCAAAUGCAGGAAGGUGAACAUAUAAUACGCAACAUUGUAGAAAAGACUAGAUUACCUGUAAAUGUGACUGUGCCUAGCCCACCUCCUCGUAAUCCAUAUGAUUUACACUUCAUACGUGAAGGACAUCGCUACAAAUUUGUCAACAUACAAACUAAGACUGUUGUAGUCUGUUGCGUAUUACGUGCCAACAAAAUCAUCCCCAUGCAUUUCCCUUUGCAUUUAUCUGUCCCAAAGUUUAGCCUUCCUGAAAUCCUUGUGAAAGGGGAAACAUGGCAAGAAUCUUUGGUACAGCACUGGUAUAAUAUCUGCCAAGAACAGUUCGAUAUAGAGGAAUAUUCCCGGGCUGUGAGAGAUGUGAAAGCUGACUGGAAUGAGGAAUGCAAGAGUCCAAAAACAAAUUGGUGUUCAGGCCACAGCCACAUACCAAAUUCUCUCAGUUAUGCUCGUGAUGAACUGACACAGUCAUUUCACAGGCUUUCGGUAUGUGUUUAUGGAAACAAUCUCCAUGGGAACAGUGAGGUGAACUUGCAUGGCUGCAGAGACAUUUGUGGGGACUGGGCUGUUUUUCCUCAAGAUUCUCCACAGUAUCAGGACUCUGGUGACAGCGGAAGUGAUUAUCUUUUCCCUGAAACUGUUGAAGAAUCAACAAAUCUACCAGCCAAGCCAGAAAUUCCAUAUGAAGAACUCUGGCUAGAGCAAGGAUCAGUGAAAAAAGUAAGCCAGCCUCUCACACGUUCUCAAAGUGAAAAGAACAAAUGUGACCCUUUUAGAGGUUCACUACAUUCUAAGUGUGGCACAUCGUCACUGUCUUCUCCUGGAUCUCUACGGACAACCAAGUGUUCAGAUAUCUCUUUACCUCCACCUCCAGUGCCUCCAAAAUCGGAAGCUGUAAGAGAAGAAUGCAGACUUCUGAAUGCACCACCUGUGCCUCCACGCAGUUCCAAACCCUCAUCCCCCACCCCAUCUGUUCCUGCGCCAACAGGAAAAAUAGCAAGGCAGCAAACGCGCUCUCCCAGCCCUACACUUUCAUAUUAUUCUUCAGGAUUGCACAGCAUUGGGAUCACAGAAAGUGAAGUGACCAGUUCUCAAGAAACUGCUCAAGUUUCCUGCUACCCAUGCAACUGGAUAAAAAAUGAAGCAAGUGAGCUUGAAAGCAAAUUGCCCUGUGGUAGUCCAUCAUCAGAUGCUCUUUCCUCCCGACUAUCCUGGCCAAACCGGUAUUGUGGUGGAGCAGAAGGUAUUAACGUGAAUGAUUUGCCGAUGGAUCAGUGCCGAAGUUAUUACAGCUAUCCCCGGCAAAAGACACCAGGCACGCCAAAGAAAAAUUUCCCAACUCCUUUUGACUUUAGUGGUUGUGAUUCUUUGGUAGGUUGUACACAGGUAAUGCCAGCUGAGUUUGAUGUCCAUAAUGCUGGCUGCACAAAGUCUGCAAGUUACUCUUCAGAGAGUUCCACUGAAAGAAUUUUAGCUGACAAUAGCACAAAACAAAGUCUGUCAUGCCCUGCCUUACCACCACGUGCCCCAAAAUCAACUGAAGGAAACUCUGUUUUAGAACCAAUGUCUCUAUCCAUGAAAAUUGAUGGAGCUGAGGAAGAAUCACAGAUGUGUUCUCCAGACAUUUCAGAGGACAAUUAUUUUGCUAAAAAGGGCAUGCAGGACAUUUUCUCUAUCUCUUACCCAUUUUCCUCACCUCUUCACAUGCAACUAGCUCCAAGAUCUUGUGGUGAUGGUUCACCUUGGCAACCGCCCUCUGAUCUUUCAGGACUAUCCAUCGAAGAAGUGUCAAAAUCUCUUCGGUUCAUUGGUUUGUCAGAAGACAUUGUGUCCUUUUUUGUUUCUGAAAAGAUUGAUGGCAAUUUACUUGUUCAGCUCACAGAAGAGAUGCUUUCAGAGGACUUUAAAUUAAGCAAACUGCAGGUUAAAAAAAUAAUGCAAUUUAUAAAUGGAUGGAGACCCAAAAUGUAGUAAUAAAAGUGUUUCAAGGUACUGAACAAAGCUAUAUGGCACUUGCCAGAAGUGCUAAGACUAGUACAAUCUGGAAAUGUUUUUGCACUACGAAAAAAAAAUAUUGGCUGUAUAUAGUCAUACUUAUGAUUAAAUAAUUACUAUGCAGUGUAAGGUACUUGUUAUAGAGAGAUCACAUAGUACCGUAUGUAAAUCUAAAAUUCAUAAGAAUACUCAGUGGGCCUUGGGCAUCACUGAAAACUGAGCAGCUGCUACAAACUACUUUGCAAAAUAUUUAUGUAAAAGGGAAUUCAUGUUUAAUAAGCUUCUUUAAAAAAAAACACAUGCAACGUUUGUAACUUGUUUUACAAAGUAAUGUGGUUAUUUUGUAGUUAUCUUAAUUUAACUGAAGAAAUUGCCUCUUUUUCACCAUUGUGUGACAUCUUUUUAAUCAAACGUAGUUUUUAUCUCAUUUUGUUCACCAAAUUUUCAUGAUGAAAUGUUUAGAGCAAUAUUUUACACCUUUUUGUCCUUUUAAGUACAUAAUAGUACAUGUAUAGUUAUAUCCUCAUGUGGCUACAAAGUAUUGGUCAUUCAUGAAAAAAUAAAGAAGCCCCCAAUAUAUAACCUAAUCCUGGUAUUUUAAUAAGUAAUAAGAAGCUUUCUCAUAGAAUUAGACUUCAUGUUGUGGAGUAAUUCAGUAACCCUCAAGAGGCAGAUUUCAUUCUAGUCUGUUCAUUUUAGGAAGGUUGAAUUCUAUCAAUGAAGUGCUGGUUUGAUACAAAGUUUCUUUUAAGUGCUAUUUUUAUGAAUUAACAUAAUAUGAAUCAACAUCCAGAACAAAUACCACUAUCUUGAGACAUAGUAACUCAUACUGUGGUAAAAAAUAGAUAUUCAUAGACUAUAUAUAUGUUUCCAUGUAUAUAUAAAUAUGUAUAAUAUAUAUAAACUUAUUUUCACUCAUUA